AUUAUCAGUUUCUAGAUACAUUGGAUAUUAAAGUGUUAAUUAAAAUGUAUUGGGGUCUUACAGCUCAUUAUAUAUAAUUAAUUGGAAUUGCUGUUCAAGUUUAUGCCUACAAUGAAGAUGGCGUGUUUUGUAGCAAUUCUGAUUCUGAAUUCAUACAUUGUUGGUUCGGUUUCCUGUGAAACUUCAUGCUUCCAACUUCACGGCGGAGCUCUGAAAACAGAAGGGUUGUUGCAGGCUAAUGUGAAUAAUGCUUGGAAAGACGUUUGCUAUAAGGACGAUCUAAAUGAGAGAACAGUUCUCCGUGGUGUCUGCCAAUCUAUUGACAGCAAUGCUGUCAAAGCGGUCAUAAUGAAAGAGCCAUUGCAUUAUGGGAUCAAAACAGGUGAAGGUGGCCUGAUGAUGGAGAACCUAACUUGCCAAGCCACAAAAGACGAAACUGAUACUUGUCAAAAAUUGAAAGUAUGCUGCCAGCUUUUAAACAAAUCAAUCGGCAAACAACUAAGUUCAUGCAGUUCAAACUGGCUGGAGACAAAGUACUGCUACCCAUUCAUUGGCAAAGUUGUUGGAAUCCGCAGUUUCUCGAAGUACAAUGAAAUUCAGAAUGUUCGAAGAGCUUGGACCAGUUCGGCAUUUAAAGAUUCGUGCGACGACGAUACAAAUUAUUCCGCUAACAUGGCGAAAGAGUUGAACAAAUGCUUGCAGAAUAUCAAUGUUAACUCAGACAAAACAUACGCCGUGGUAAAGAACAAUACCAGUACAUGCCAUUGGAGGACACAAAGAAAAUGUACAGUUCGAAGGCGAACCUUCCAGUUACUCGAGGAAAAACCCGCGAGUAUGGAUGGCCUAUAUUGUGUAACAGUGGAAGUACAUAAUGGGACCAGUAACUUCUCGAUAGCAAACUGUUUCUCGUAUCUGCCUGCAGUUUGCUUGGACGUAGAAAACCACCCAGAACGUUCUACCGUAAUAACGGAUUCAAUAAAGAACUCCCGGAGCUCGUCAUCUUCACCGAAUGAAGAAAAAAGUGUUUGGGCAAAAGAUUUUAUUUUAGCUCUUGUAUCAUUCUUCGUUUUCAUCAUUAUUAUACUGAUGGCGUACUAUCUAUACAGGAAGUCUAGAAAAAGAUUGAUUGAGCGCCAAAGACCGAUUGCCGUCCAAAAUGACACCUACGGUCGCGGAGGGGUUAUUAAUGAAAGUACAGAGGAAACGAACAAUCUUAUUAAUGACUGUGACCUCACUGACUUUAAACCAGAACUACCAGCCAGAGGUCAAAACAAUCAGAUAUUGGUACUUGAUGAUUAUAGCAUGCCUCCUGACUCAAUCCCUCAGAAGACGGAAACCGAUGAGUAUUUUGUUACAUAUGACGAUCCCAUUCGAUCUUUGGUUAAGCAGCACAAUGAAGCUGACCAAACACGGCGAUAUGAUAUCAACCAUCUAAGCGAAACUAGAGUUGAAUCUUUUAAAAAGAGAUUUCCAGAUGAUAAAGGUAUGUUCUCUUCUACUUACACGGAUAAAUCUAGUCUUGAUUUGAACGAAACUAAUGUUGAACUUAAUCGUGUUCAGUCUUCAGAGACAUUGACAUCGAACAAAACUGUGCGAUAUAAACAGUUCAGUCUUGAAAUGAAAAGACAUUCGUAUAUAUCGAAAGAGACAACUCUUUUAAAAUCUGAAUUUUCUGAGAAGAAAAUCGCUUCAGAACCAAGCAUUAAUAUUCGUUCGGUUAACAAUUUGUGCUGACCGGAGCAAGCAAAAGUUGCGAAAGUGACGAAAGAUCACCAAAAAACAUCGCGGCGGAACUAACCAAAACCAGCGGUUCUCUCGAUUGAGUUGCAAUACAAAACAGAGUGUCUGUCGAUUCGUCAAAUGGAAACACCGACUGCAAAUCUAAACGUCCGGCUAAGCUUUCAAAGCAUAGUGAACAUAGUGACGAUUAUGAAGAUACUUUGAAUGUAAAUCAUGAACAAUUUUUCGCAGAUGCGAAACCAAAAGAGCAACUAUUUGAUAACCAUGUGUGUAUAGACUGUCUGAAUCAAGACAAUUUAAAGAAAGUUGGUAUCAGGAUAAUACCAAAGGAAACUGCAGACUCUUCGUAUAAUUUCUUCAAUAUUCCGAAGAGGUUCUCGGACUCCGCACUCUAGCUCUUUAUUAAUACCGCAGGUCUUAAAAAAUCUCAAUGCUCUAAAUUUUCUUCAAAUUCAGGCGGUAUGGCGGAUGAAAAAGACGAAAACCUUAGGAAGAGCAGCUCUAAAGACGAACUUAAAAGAAUUCACAAAAAGCAGCGAGCGAACGAAGAAAGGGCCAAUUUUAAAUGUCCGAGAAAAUGUUCUCUGUGUCACGCGGAUUCUUAUGACAUAUUAGGUGCGUUUUCAAAGAACAACGACACUAGCCAUUUUGAAAAUGUUUUUCAUAAAUUAGCGGAUGUGAAGAAAUGGACCCAAAACAUGUUAAGUGUAGACAUGGACGACACAAAUCGACUUAGUUCUCAAUACUUGCAACAAAUGUGUUCUGCGCAACGAGGGAAUCCCUGCGGUAUUAUUAGGAAGUUCUUUAAUGACAAAUGACGUUUUAUGGAUUGUUAACAUGUAGCAUUCGUAGGAAUGGUAAUUUUCUGGUGGGUAAUACAUUAACAAUAUCUGAGCACGUUGGGUAAUAAGCCGUGAUGGACAAGACGUAUACAUAAAAUUCUAGAUAACAAAUAUCCAUUACAAAUCAAACUUGUACUUGUUUGACUAUUGGUUUAUCUUAUUUUUAUUAAAAUGUCUUCCAAUGUAGACCUGUGCAAAAACAUAGCGGCAUCAACGAUAAGAAGAAGCUACUAGACAACAUGCGUCAUUCCUUUUUAACAUCUCGCACAUUUUAAGUACAUAUCGCAGAUUCUUUCAAAUGUUUACAAAUAAGUUUUCAAAUUAAACCACAGCCAAGGCCAAAUAAAUCUAGACACACAUUUUUAAUUGUUCAUUGUAUGUGAAAUAA